AUGGUCUCUGACGACGAAAAGCUGCUGCCUCAGCAGCUUCCCCGUGACGAUAAUGGUCUCGGAUCGUUCAGAUUUCCGUGGCAAGCCUCACCACAACCGUCGCAGCAACAAUGGCCACUUGAGGAUGAGGAGGUGUCCCGGAUUCGGCAUGCAGCUACAGAUCCCUCAAGGCUUUCCUACUCUUCAUACGACUUUGGGAGUACGCGAUCUUCGACUUCGGAUGUAGGCUCGGCAGAACAGGGACGUUUCUACCGCGAAUACAACUUGAACUUUGGACGCCGGCGGUCUUCGAUUUCAGAUAUAGCCCCGGCAGAACAGAGGCCUUUCCGCACCUCACAUGGCUUUGGGAGUACGCGGUCUUCGACUUCAGAUGUAGGCCCGACAGAACAGAGGCUUUUCCAGUCCUCACACGGCUUUGGGAGUACGCGGUCUUCGAUUUCCGAUGGGGCGCCGGCGGAACAAGGACUUUCCCACCCUGAAUACAACUUUGGAACUAGGCGGUCUUCGAUUUCAGAUGUACCGCCGGCAAGACGGGGCCUCUUCCACCCUGAAUUCGACUUUGGACGCCGGCGGUCUUCCCUCCCUGUUAUAACUGCCCCUCAAGAAGCAGUGACUACCGAAAAUGGACGGGUUUCACCUCGACGGCGACGCUCAAACUCGUUACCCAUGAUUGCCAGUACGCCACCCAGUCCUACCUUCGCGAGACCUGAAAAGCGGAAGGUCAUUUUCACCAUGAGUCCAUAUCGGAGGGAUACGCGAUUUCAUAGGCCUGGCGAACAACUUCUUGCGACCUUCAAGGGCGAGCGUCUCGUGGAGGAGCCCGAGGAAGAGUUCGAGCCCCUUGAGCGUUCCGAAACUCGAGCAAGUGUGCGAAGCUUGGAGAAAUGGCACCAUUUGAAAAAGAGACGCUCACAGAAGGUGCGAAGUAAACUGGCGCAGCGGAUAUUUCAGUAUUCUGUGUACCUCUUCUUGAUCUGUUUUGUCUAUUUCGUCCUCAUUGGACGUCCAAUAUGGGGUGGAGGGGUGUACUACAUCUGGUAUGUGAUGAAGUAUGUUUACACCAUCCAAGCAGGAUGCGCUAUAUUCGUCAGCAUAGGUUUCUUCUAUGCCGCAGGAUCGUUGCUUGUUCAUUACGAACCGGACCCAGCCCCGAUCCCUCCGGAAGAGUUCCAAGCUCAUAUCGAAAAAGCCAGCAGUACAGCACUGAUCAUUCCGUGCUACAAGUCUGCCGGAGCCAUCGAAGCGACGAUAAAAGCCGCGUUGAAGACUUUUCCGCCCGAAAACAUCUACGUGGUGGCUAAUGGCAACAGUCCUACACCGUUGGACGAGACGGAGGAUGUCAUCCGACCUUACAAAGUAAACCAUAUCUGGGUACCGGUCGGCUCCAAGAUUGUGGCCCAGUUCGUGGGCGCGUACGCGGCAUAUAAAUUUCAAUACGUCCUGAUGAUUGACGACGAUUGCCUGCUUCCAGCCGCGUUUCCCAUCGUCUCAGACCGGAUCCAGCCAGGCAACAAACGCGGGGCGAUCAAGUGUGUCGGCUACACAAUCAAAGCAACGGGGCCGAAUGGAUCGAAGGGUACGAUAGUCCAGCAGUUGCAAGACCUCGAGUACAAGCUAUCUGGCAUGCAGCGCACAUUCGCAGGUAAAUGGGGUAGUGCAACAUUCGCCCAUGGUGCCAUUGCGCUCUGGGAUCGAGAUUUCGUCCUCAAAUGUUUUCGGCAUCAUCCAGGAUUCAAGAUCUCCGAAGACUGGUUCUUCGGUCUGACGAGUCGCAACCUUGGGGGCAGGAUAGUCAUGUGCUCAUCCGUCCUUGUCGAGACUGAAGUGCCUUCUGGGUUGUUCGUUGGCGCUGGCUCCCGGGGCGGGUUUGGCGAGAUGACCGUUUAUAAGCAGCGGUUUUUUCGGUGGAAUUUCUUCUUCUUAUUCCGGCAGUGGCAUGAUUGGCAACAUAUCCUAUUCAAAUGGAAGCUUGGUGUCUACUCGGUCGGGUCAAAAGUUUAUACCUUUCAGGAGAGUUAUGAAACGAUUCUGUACAUUACUGGUCCGAUAUUGCUGUCAGUCGCAUUCGCCAUCGAGCCUGCAUUCAUGGGCAUGAUGACGGGGGUUGUGAUGGGCAUGUACUUUGUCAUUGUCAAUAUCUUCAACGAGGUGACCCUACGAAGAAAAGGGGAGAUGGUAUCUCGAAAAGUUGUCGUGUUUUAUUACUUGCCGUACAAGUUCGUGCUGCGACUCAUGAACACGGCCUCAGUGUACUACUCCAUGUAUAAGUACGCACAGUAUUUUGCGACCAGGCAUCCUUCAAUCAUCGAGGACGACCAAGCUGUAGAGUUGGUCGUUUGCUCGAAGAGGAGACCGAGUCAAAUGCCUGCUGUGCCUGAAGAGGGCCGACCUUCGUUCUUGAGGAGGUUGAGCAGUUUCGGGAGGAGUAAGAGUGUUGAUAGGAAGAAGUCUCACGCAUGA